AUGAUAAGUAACUUUCUGGCUGAAGAUUCAUCUGAAAUUCCUGCUGAUUUAAGAGAAACAUCAACAGUAAAAUAUCCAAGUGACGUCUUAUUUUGGGGUGCUAUUUUCACAAAAGGUUUAAUACCUCAAGAUGGUCAUCUUAUUUUUACUAAAUGGUUACACAAUCAACGUCAAAGAAUAUGUAUGAUUGAUAAAUUUUCUGAAGAACAACAAGUUAUCUUGAGUGAAAUAAAUAAAAUAUCAAAGUUUGUUUCUGCUGAACGUGCAUUUUUUAAUGCUCAACUAAAUUCAGUAGAGCAAACAUAUACAUAUAUUUAUGAUGAUUCAAAUUGCAAAAUUGAUUUACCAAAUAUUUCAUGUGAAGAUGUGAUGGUAUUAUCAUUGUUAUCUAUUCGCAAAUUAAUUCUUCGUAUUGAAGUUAUAUACGAACAUAAACGAACUAUUGAAAUAUAUUUUGGUAGUGGAUUUUUAUUAAAUGAUCGACUUGUUCUCACAUGCGCACAUAGUUUUGAUCCAAUUCAAUGGGGUAAAGAAAAAGUACCAUAUAAGAAAAUACAUGUUUGUUAUUCUGAUCCAGCUUAUGAAACAUUUUUUUCGUCGGUGAAUCCAAGCAAUUUAUUAAUUGCAGCUACUGUAAUUCGUCGUGGACUAGAAAAAGAUAAUUUAUCUAACUAUGAUGAACUAAAAUCCGACUCUACUGAUCUUGCUAUACUGGCAUUAGAUAAAGCAGUUACACAUUUACAAUUUAAUGAAUAUUUCGAGCCCAAAUUAAAUUGUUCGUCGUCAAAAUCAGGUGCCAUUACAAUUAAUUCGAAAUUAUUUUUGGUAUCUUACAAUGGGGAAUUAACUGAUGAUGAUGCAUUAAAACCCUAUAGGUAUUUAAAAGGUCCUGAAAAUUUAACAAUUGAGAAAUUAAACUAUAGUCAUCACGUAAAUUAUAAAUCGAUUUCCAUUGGAAAUCUUAUACAAGAAUCAUCUUCAGAUAAUCAAUAUGGAAUGCAUAAUUGUACAAUCCUGCCUGGAUCCAGUGGUGCUUUAAUAAUUGGUUCAGCAGAACAGUUCGUUGAAACAUUCAAUAAAUUUAUUCCUGUUAAUUCAAAACUAUUUGUUGAAUUUAUUCGUGAAGCAAUUGUACCUAAUAUUGUUGAUGAUGAAUUAGUACGAAAAUGGCAAGCUGUUUUCGAAUAA